AUGGUGAGAGGAAGGAACACACAAAGCUCCGAUACAGUGGCCGAUAUGUCGGAGAUUCACUAUGGUCAACCGCAAGAUGUUCCGUCAAUCUUGAGACCUGUUGUUUCUGUGCAGCAGGUGCCCCUGUUCCACCACCAACUGGGAGGUCAUGAUGAGUCUACUGAGUCUACUAAUCGUGGGAAUUUUAUUGAAUUAAUCAAAUUGCACGGAAGAGCAAAUAAAGAAAUUGAUGAUGUUGUUCUAGAAAAUGCAACUAAAAAUGCCAAGUACACAUCACCGGGUAUACAGAAAGAGAUAUUAAAAAUUAUUGCUGAUUGUGUGCGACAUAAAAUUCGUGAAGAAAUUGGAGAUGCUAAAUUUUGCAUUCUUGUUGAUGAAGUAGUUGAUGAAUCACAUAAUGAACAAAUGGCUAUUAUUUUGAGAUAUGUUGAUAGUGAUGGAUUUGUUAGAGAACGAUUUUUUGAGGUUGUGAGUGUUAAAGAUACAAAUGCUUUGACUUUGAAAAAAGAGAUAUGUGUUGUAUUAAGUGCUUCUGCUAAGCGCCAUUCUCAAUUAAAGUCAAUUCGAGAGAAUGAAAUUGAUAAUUUAAUAGCAGCAGGAGAAGUUCCAACCGGCACUGGGGCUAAUCAGAAAGAAUCUGAUAUUUUGUGUCAAGCAUUGCAAAUGAAAGAUCAAGACAUUUUGAAUGCAAUGCAUUUUGUCUCAAGUACAAAGCUUCUUCUUCAAGAGAUGCGUGAUGAUCGGUGGGAAAGUUUUAUAUGGUAUGUGGUUGAAUUUUGUAGAAGUGAUGAUAUUGAUGUGCCCGAAUUAACUGAUCGUUAUAUGGAUGGUACAAGACGUUAUUGUCAACAGAAAAAUAAUAUUACAAUGGAAGACUACUAUCACUUUCAGAUAUUCAAUGCUGUAAUAGAUUUUCAGUUGAUGGAGUUGAAUAAUAGAUUUAUGGAGAAAACAAUAGAACUUCUUAAGCUAUGCGAGGCUUUAAAUCCUACAGAUGGCUUCAAAUCAUUCUCUAUAGAUGCUAUUUGUGGUCUAGCCGAGGAAUUUUAUCCUUUGGAUUUUAAUAAAGAAGAGAUACCAGAUUUGAAGAGACAGUUGGAUCACUACAAGUUUGAUGUAAUUCGGAAUCAGCAAUUUCAGAAUCUUAAUUCUCUUCCUCAAUUAUGUCGGAUGUUGGUUGAAAUGAAGAAAUCACAACAUUAUUUCUUGAUCGAUAGGUUAAUUCGUCUAGUGUUGACUCUUCCAGUUUCUACAGCAACAACAGAACGAGCUUUUUCAGGGAUGAAACUAAUCAAAACAUCACUUCGCAACAAAAUGGAGAAUGAAUUUCUAGCAAACACCAUGAUUAUCUACAUUGAAAGAGAGAUUGCUCUUGGUAUUGAUACAGAGAUACUCAUUGACAAAUUUGAGCUUUUAGGGAAUCGCAGGUUGCGGCUUAAGUAA